UUUAGCAAUAGCGCUCAUUGCAUACAAGAUACCUUAUUUAUAUCGCUCGCUAUGAGAUUACCAUCAUUUUGAUAUAGGACCUCGUGCUGUUGUGACCUAUUUUUUUUUAUUGUGAGUGCGUUUCGUUCGUGUGUGACUGGCAGAAUUCCAUCAUGGCGCCAUCUAUGAGCGUAGCGGAGUACUACGCAAACAAGACCAUCUUCAUCACCGGAGCCACAGGCUUCAUGGGCAAAGUGCUCGUGGAAAAGCUGCUUAGGGCCUGUCCUGAUCUGAAGAGGAUUUACAUGCUGAUGAGAGCGAAAAAGGGGCAGAGCAGUAGCGAGAGACUUGAGGGGUUUUUGAAGUGCCGGAUAUUCGACCGUCUUCAUGAAAUCAACCCCAAAUGCUUCGAGAAACUUCGCCUCAUACCAGGAGACAUCCUGGCUGCGGGCAUGGGCAUCUCAGAGGAACACCGCGAGGAACUGAGGAAGGAGACUCAGAUCAUUUUCCACUGCGCCGCUUGUGUCAGGUUCGACAUGCCGCUAAAGGACGCUACUGCUCUCAACACAGGCGGGACCCAGCGCGUUCUGGAUCUCACUGACGGCAUGUCACAGCUCGAGGUAUUCGUCCACGUGUCCACAGCGUACUGCCGCUGCGAGCUGCCCGUGCUGGAGGAGCGGGUGUACGAGACCAAACACAAGCCGCAAGAGGUCAUGCAGUGCCUGGAAUGGAUGGAUGAUGAGCUGAUCUCACAUUUACAACCCAAACUGAUCGACCCCCAACCAAAUACCUACGCGUACACAAAAUCGCUGUCGGAAUCACUAGUAGCGCAGUACGAAGGAAAGUUCCCUAUCGCCAUCGCGAGGCCCUCUAUUGUGACAGCAGCCCACAAGGAACCCAUGCCAGGCUGGGUGGACAACCUGAACGGGCCCACCGGCCUUUUAGUUGGCGCGGGGAAGGGAGUCAUCAGAACCAUGCACUGUAAAGACACACUGAAGGCUGAUGUUAUCCCGGUGGAUUUUGUCGUCAAUGGGUGUAUAUUGGUGGCUUACAAUACCGGCGUUCAUAAACCAAAAGAAGUACAAGUGGUGAAUGUUACUGAAUCAGGAAGGAAUCCCCUCACGUGGGGUGCGGCGCUCGACAUGGGUCGUAUCCACGUGCAGGAGUUCCCGUUCUCCGUGUGCCUGUGGUACCCGGGCGGCUCGCCGAAGUCCUCGCGAGUGCUGCACCAGAUCGCGUUACUCUUCACACACAUCAUACCUGCUUACCUCGUCGACUUGUUACUCAUGAUGCUGGGAAAGAAGACUUUCAUGGUCCAAAUUCAGAAGCGUAUCAGCUAUGGUUUGGAGGUGUUACAGUACUACACAACGAAGGAAUGGCAUUUUAAAAACGAUAACUUUGUGGCUCUUCGGAGAGUUAUAUCCAAGGAGGAUGAUGAGACGUUCUACACAGACAUUAAGAUGAUAAACUGGAGCUCGUACAUUCGAGACUACAUCUAUGGCGCGCGCCAAUACUGCUGUAAGGAGGACCCAUCCAGUCUGCCGCGGGCCAGGAAGCUGCAGAAACAAUUGUACUACCUCGACAGAGUCACCACUAUCAUCAUAUACUCGCUCUGCGCGUACUUCUUGUAUUAUUAUAUUAAAAUGUUUGUGUCCGUGUUGUUUUAAAACGCUAUUUAUUUAAUUUUACUCAUGUAUGAAAUAAGUUGUAAUGUAUGUAAUAAAUUUAUACAUAAUUUGUAUAAUCCGUCCAAUGAAAAUCUCAUUUUUUAAACGUGUUUUUAAACUGUAAUAACAGUUAAAGUAACAAAAUCAAUAGAAAAAUACGCUUUUUUUUACUGUUGCAAAUUGUUGGCUAUUUUCUGAAAAACUGGUAUGCUAGACUACAUGUGUAAACGAAAGAAUAUUAAAUAGAAAUUUCAUCUGAUGAUGCUAUCAUUUUAAUUUAACUUAAUUUAAACAUGUGUAUUGCAAGUUUUUUAUUAUAUAAUAUAAACCUUGUUGUUUAAUUAUAUUUAAAAAGUGCGCCUACUUUGAUAACUAGGAAAAUAUUUAUUAAAUAUUAGUUUGACAAAAUAUUGAUAGGCUUAUGGAAUUUACUGUUCAAAAGAAUCUAUGUUUAUAACUAUUUUCGAAAAAAUAAUAUGAUCUAUUAUUAAAAUUUAAUCUUUUUUUAUUGAAACAUUAUUUACAUUAAAUAAUGGCGCGGUAUAUUUUUAGGCUGAUUUUCCUUCAGCUAUUAUUGUGUUCAGAUAUUUGAAUUAUUUUAAUUAUUAAUUGUUAGUUAAAAUCAUCGCUGUAAAUAAAAUAAUAAUAAAUUCACAAAUCUGGUUUCUAUUUAAAUUCAUUUUGCUGAUUUAGAGUAUGUUAGCGUCACUAAUCAUGGGACAUUUAAGAGAAAAUUAAUUGGAGUAUUUUCGAUAUUUCACCGACAUAUGUAUAAUUUCUACCGCAUUAUGCUUUAAAAGUUGAAUGUCCGAUUCGUCCUUUAUGUUUUCUAUGUAUUUAAUGAAAGCUACUGCAAUUGGUUUCAACAUUAUUAACCAAUUAAAAUCAUGGUUUUUUGCUCCAGUCAUGGGAUGCAUGGCGUCAUUAAUUUUCAAAGUAACAAAUAUCAAUGAAAAAUUCAAUUUAAACAACUCUUUGGCUCUUGUUUAUGGUAAAACUAUCCAGCGAUUAAAGAUUGAUGGUAAAAACUUGUUUUACAGGAUUUAU